AUGAAACUAACUACGACUAUCAUAGACUUGGCCGCAUUUAACGUUACGGUGUUAUUCAAGAGCCCACAAAUGAUCACGGUGGGUAUUGAAUCAGUUUGGGGUGAGAACUUUAUAUGCUCAUGCAUAUAUGCGUCUAAUUUCAGAAAUGAUAGGGUCACUUUGUGGGAGGAGAUCCGACACAUACAUACUCUAUAUGGCCACACAAAUCUCCCCUGGAUUGUAUUGGGUGAUUUUAAUGUCAUAUUGUCUUCAGAUGAGCACUCCAGAGUGCAAUACGGACUGGGAAACCAAGCGGGAAUGCGAGAAUUUCAGGAGCUUGUCGCUGACUGCGAAUUGACCGAUCUCGGAUACACGGGUCCGAAACUAACAUGGUGGAAUCACCAAGAUGAUGGUCCUAUCGGCAAAUGUCAUUACUGA